AUGGCGCCGGCGCUUCUGGUGCUGCUACUGCUGGCAGUGAUUGCGACGACGGCAAGGGAGGCGUCCGCGGCGAGGGCGUUCGCGGUGGCAUCCAACGCGACGGCGCAUGGGGCCACGGUGGUGGGGAACAAGCUGAACGUGCAUCUGGUGCCGCACUCGCACGACGACGUCGGGUGGCUCAAGAACGUCGACCAGUACUACGUCGGAUCCAACAACUCCAUCCAGGGCGCGUGCGUGAUGAACACCCUCGACUCCGUGGUGGACGCGCUCGCCAGGGACCCAGCCCGCAAGUUCGUUGUCGUCGAACAGGCUUUCUUCCAAAGGUGGUGGGCAGAGAAAAUCCCAAACAUUCAGGCAAUAGUCCGCAAGCUGGUUGAUUCGGGUCAGCUAGAGUUCAUAAAUGGUGGAUGGUGCAUGCAUGAUGAAGCUACUGUCCAUUAUAUUGACAUGAUUGAUCAGACCACGCUUGGUCACCGGAUGAUCAAGAAACAAUUCAACAAGACUCCAAGAGCUGGCUGGCAAAUUGAUCCUUUUGGACAUUCUGCAGUUCAAGCUUAUUUGCUUGGAGCAGAGCUUGGCUUCGAUUCUUUGCAUUUUGCAAGAAUCGAUUACCAGGACAAGGAAAAGCGUAAAGCUGCUAAAGGCUUAGAGGUUAUAUGGCGUGGCUCAAGAACUUUUGGUUCAUCCUCACAGAUAUUUACAAAUGUAUUUCCUGUCAAUUAUAGCCCUCCAGAUGGCUUUGGCUUCGAAGUUUUGGAUGAAAAUAUCUUGCCUGUCCAGGAUGACAUGCUGAUGUUUGACUAUAAUGUCGAAGAACGAGUUAAUGAUUUUGUUGCUGCAGCCAUAGCACAGGCAAAUGUUACGCGUACAAACCACAUAAUGUGGACCAUGGGAGAUGAUUUUAGUUAUCAGUAUGCAGAAUCUUGGUUCCGGAAUAUGGACAAACUUAUCUAUCACGUGAACAAGGAUGGCCGAGUGCAUGCGCUGUAUUCUACUCCAUCCAUUUACACAGAUGCAAAACAUUUGUCAAAUGAAUCUUGGCCAGUAAAAUAUGACGAUUAUUUCCCCUAUGCUGAUUCAAAAAAUUCAUACUGGACUGGGUAUUAUACAAGCCGUCCAACUUUCAAACGAUAUGUUCGAGAACAGAGUGGUUAUUACCUGGCUGCACGUCAAAUAGAAUUUUUAGUGGGUAGGAGUUCCUUACGACUGUUCACGGCCAGCUUGGAAGACCCAAUGGGAAUUGCCCAGCAUCAUGAUGCAGUUUCAGGUACAGCAAAACAACACACGACAGAUGACUACUCGAAACGCCUUGCUCUUGGAGCAUCUAAGGUUGAGAAAGGUGUCAAUAUCGCUCUGACCUGUUUACUAAGUUCCAACGGCACAUGCGUGCCUUCAGUACUAAAAUUUAGUCAGUGCCCACUUCUCAAUAUAAGCUACUGCCCUUCAACUGAGGAGACAGUUUCAGUGACACAGAAUUUAGUUGUAGUUGUUUACAAUCCUCUUGGAAGGGAACGUAGUGACUUCAUAAGGGUUCCUGUCAAUGAUGAAAACCUUGUUGUAAAAAGCUCUGAUGGGACUAUCAUUCAGUCACAACUAGUUGAGGUUGAUAAUGUGACAAGAAAUUUAAGGGAAGUUUAUGUAAAAGCUUAUCUUGGAAUCACAACAAACAAACCACCAAUGUAUUGGUUACUUUUUCAAGCUUCUGUGCCGCCUAUGGGGUGGAAUUCUUACUACAUUUCGAGAUCCACAGGAUACAGCAGCACUGGCUAUGUUUCAACCAUGGUUUCUCCAAGGAAUGACACGGUUGAAGUUGGACCAGGGUCUCUUAAACUUUCCUUUUCAUCAGCAUCUGGACAACUGAAGAGAAUAUUCAAUUCUGUCUCAGGAGUGGAUCUACCAAUUCAACAAAGCUUUUUUUGGUAUAGUUCAAAUGAAGGUGACAUCGUGGAUUCACAGGGAUCUGGAGCAUAUAUAUUUAGACCCAAUGGUACUACACCAACUAUUGUAUCAUCAUCGGUGCUGCUCAGCGUUAUCAAUGGACCUCUGGUUCAUGAAGUUCAUCAACAAUUCGGUCCUUGGAUUUAUCAGAUUACUCGACUCUACAAGAACAAGGAGCAUGCAGAAGUUGAAUACACGAUUGGGCCCAUCCCUAUUGAUGAUGAUGUCGGGAAGGAGAUCAUCACCAGGAUGACAACAGACAUGGUUACAAACAGUACAUUUUAUACGGACUCUAAUGGAAGAGAUUUUCUCAAAAGGGUUAGGAACUAUAGGGAAGAUUGGGAUCUUGAAGUGACAGAACCAGUUGCAGGAAAUUACUACCCGGUCAAUCUAGGUGCAUAUGUAGCCGAUGGAAAAUAUGAGCUAUCUGUACUUGUGGACCGUGCUGUUGGAGCAUCAAGUAUUCAGGAUGGUCAGCUAGAGAUUAUGCUACACAGGCGUAUACUCAGAGAUGAUGGCAAAGGUGUUAAUGAGCCACUUGGUGAAGUUGUUUGCUUGGAUGGAAGUUGCAAGGGGCUCACAGUGAGGGGAACAUACUAUGUCAAAGUUGACAAGCUAGGGCAUGGAGCUCACUGGCGAAGAACAUAUGGCCAACAAGUCUAUUCACCCUAUCUUCUUGCUUUUACCCAUGAGGAUGAGAUAAGUUGGAAAUCCUAUAAUGUUGCCAAAGAAAGCACGAUGGAUGAGAAUUAUAGUCUUCCUGAUAAUGUUGCAAUUAUUACCUUGCAGAAUCUAGAUGAUGGCACCACAUUACUCCGCUUGGCCCAUCUGUUUCAGGCUUUAGAGGACCCUCAAUAUUCAGUGAUAGCAAAAGUUGAACUAAGAAAGGUGUUCGGAAAGAGAACCAUCAAGGAAUUAGCUGAGACUAACCUUUCUGCCAAUCAAAAGAAGUCAGAAAUGAAAAAACUCAACUGGAGGGUAAUCGAGAACAGUAAAAGUGAUCCUAUCCCAUUGAAAGGUGGUCCAGUUGACAGUCAAGCUCUUGCCGUAGAACUUGGACCCAUGGAGAUACGCACCUUCUUGCUAAAAUUCUAG